GAAAAUAUGUUUUUUAGGUGUAGAGGAUAAUCAAUGAGGAGAAGAAACUCAAAAAAUAGUAACUUACCUAGGAGGAGAUGUUGUUCUUGGCGAGGUGGAAGAGAGGUGGAGAAGCCAAAACCCUGCGAGAGAAAGUGAUGUGAAAUCUUGGGGGGAGCACGAGAGAAUCCAUCGGGAUAAGUGUAGGUCUCCCCCGACUCCGGCGAAGUGUGGCGACACACCUCCCCCUGACUCCGGCGAAGGUUAAUCUCCGGCGAGCGACGACAAGACCUCCAUAUCUUGUCAAUACUACUUUCCUUUCAUCUUCUUCAACACUCUAGGUAAACAAAUAUCUCCAAUUUAUCUCAUUUUUCACUUAUGUAGAGCUUCAUAGGCUGGAUAGGCGUGGGAAGCAUUCGGAGGAUUGGGCACUCAGACAUGUCCGAUACGUCACUAUGUGGGACAGGCGAGCUGAGCUAGUUGUGACUGGGACACCGACAUUUGUCCCAUCUGUUUCAGGAGACUACAUGGGAUGGUAUUACAGCAUCACUCGUUUGUUUGUGUCUCCUUCGUUCAGACUCCCUACUCAUCAUUAUCAGCCUAGCUCAUUGGCUUUGCAUCUUACAACACGAGCUUUGCAGCGUAUACAUCAGCGGGCUACUGCCACAGUGAGUGAUACUCAUGAUGUGGACAUGUAUGGACAGACUCUGACAGACAUUGCCUCCUUGUGUUCAGAUGUGUUGGGACGAGUCGACUACGGCCAUCUUAUACACAUGCCCCCAUCUCAGGAGAUGGCAUCGACGUCUAGUGCAGCGGCGGCUUCAUCAUCCCAGACGCAGCAUGAGAGAGUGGUUCUUCAACCACGACCACGACGUAGGCGUAGACAUCAGCAACAACAUCUCCAUGACCAAGAUGAUCAAGAUGACCAUGAGAACUUGUAGUUUGCCUUUUGUAUUGCAGUAUGUUGUAGGAACAAUUUACAACAUUUUACGUAUGUUCUCUUCUAAAACUCCUAUUAUUUAAAUAACUCCUAUUAUUUAAAUAUUCAAAAACC